AUGGCCUUGGGUCAAGAAGUGGUGUUCAAGUGCCUUGGAGAAGGAAUUCUUGAAAAGGCCUUUCAGGGAUAUAACGCUUGUAUUUUUGCCUAUGGACAGACAGGUUCAGGAAAAUCCUUUUCAAUGAUGGGCAAUGCAGAGCAGCUGGGUCUGAUCCCACGGCUCUGUUGUGCUUUAUUUCAGAGAAUCUCUGUGGAAGAAAAUGAAUCUCAUACAUUUAAAGUUGAAGUGUCCUAUAUGGAAAUCUACAACGAGAAAGUCAGAGAUCUGCUUGACCCGAAAGGGAGUCGGCAGUCCCUUAAGGUUCGAGAGCACAAAGUGUUGGGACCAUAUGUAGAUGGCCUGUCUCAGCUGGCUGUUACAAACUUUGAGGAUAUUGAGUCGCUAAUGUCGGAGGGAAACAAAUCACGAACAGUUGCUGCGACCAACAUGAACGAAGAAAGCAGCCGCUCUCAUGCUGUGUUCAAUAUUACAGUGACUCAGACGCUUUAUGACCUGCAUUCUGGUAAUUCUGGAGAGAAGGUCAGCAAGGUCAGCCUGGUGGAUUUGGCUGGGAGCGAGAGAGUGUCCAAAACAGGAGCUGCAGGAGAACGGCUGAAGGAAGGCAGCAACAUAAAUAAAUCACUUUCAACGCUGGGCUUGGUUAUAUCAUCACUUGCUGAUCAAGCAGCAGGAAAGGGAAAAAACAAGUUUGUGCCUUACAGAGACUCUGUACUCACUUGGCUUCUCAAGGACAACUUGGGAGGAAACAGCCAAACUGCCAUGAUAGCCACGAUUAGUCCAGCAGCAGACAACUAUGAAGAAACACUCUCUACUCUGCGAUACGCAGACAGAGCCAAGAGGAUAGUCAAUCAUGCUGUGGUGAAUGAAGAUCCAAAUGCUAGGGUCAUCAGAGAAUUACGUGAAGAAGUUGAAAAACUGAAAGAACAACUCUCACAAGCUGAGGCCAUGAAGGCACCAGAACUGAAGGAAAAACUGGAGGAAUCAGAAAAACUAAUAAAAGAGCUGACAGUCACCUGGGAAGAAAAGCUAAGGAAGACAGAAGAAAUUGCACAGGAAAGGCAAAGACAGCUAGAGAGCAUGGGAAUUUCCCUUGAGUCUUCAGGUAUCAAGGUUGGGGAUGACAAGUGUUACCUGGUGAACCUGAAUGCAGACCCUGCACUCAAUGAGCUUUUGGUUUACUAUUUAAAGGAUCACACAAGAGUUGGUGCAGAUACCUCUCAGGAUAUACAGCUCUUUGGUAUAGGAAUCCAACCAGAACAUUGUGAGAUUGAUAUUGCUUUAGAUGGAGAAGUUACACUCAGACCAAAAGAAAAUGCAAGAUCCUGUGUAAAUGGUGCACUGGUAUGUUCUGUCACUCAGUUAUGGCAUGGAGACAGAAUAUUAUGGGGCAACAACCACUUUUUUAGAAUAAAUUUACCAAAGAGGAAACGACGAGAUUGGCUGAAAGACCUUGAGAAAGAAACUUCAUUAGGAGAACAUGAUCUGGAUGCAGCUAGUGAAGCUUCUUCAGAACCAGACUACAACUACGAGUUUGCACAAAUGGAAGUUAUUAUGAAGACACUGAAUAGUAAUGAUCCAGUACAAAAUGUGGUCCAGAUCUUGGAGAAACAGUACUUGGAAGAGAAGCGGAGUGCUCUUGAGGAGCAGCGGCUGAUGUACGAGCGUGAGUUAGAGCUGCUGCGACAGCAGCUCUCUCCAGAAAGGCAGCAUCAGCAUUGUAGCGACAGACUCUCCUACACUGCUCAGACUGCACAGCAGAAAGUAAAUCUCUGGACAGAAGAGAGGUGA